UCAAUGCAAUAAGACGAAUAAUGUUGUUUACAUCCAGUUUUAUAAAGAGUUGGAUGCAAUUCAAUUCGCAAAAGACAAUAACAAUGUGCACUAUGUGGAACACGAGAACAUUAGGUACAACAUUCCAGUAUAUAUGGAUGACAGUGCUUUUGAAUUGCGUGUGCAUGAUCUUCACUCAAGCGUCACCGAUUCUUAUAUUCGCAAAACUAUGUCCCAAUACGGAGAGAUUCUCUCUAUCGAAAAAGAAAGGUGGAAGAAUUUUUUCCCCGGUAUUCUAAAUGGCGUACGUGUAUUACGCAUACACUUUAAGAAACCUAUACCUUCUUAUGUGAUUUUCGGUCAAGAUACAAGAAUUCCGCGCAAAUCACUUGUUACCUAUGACAAUCAGAUGGCCACAUGUCAGUAUUGUCAAAAAGCUGUUCACUACGGUAAGCCAUGGGAUAAACUGGACAAGGAGACAACUACACCAAAGGACAACAGUGCUUCCGUCAAACCAACCCCAAGCAACCCCAGUACACCUGUGACAGUCACCAACAACAGUGAAGCAACCCCUUCAACGAAACCAUCCAACGUAUCCUACCAACUGCAAACAAUGUACAACAAGGCUCAUCUCCAGCAACUAGCUAUGAAACCAACAACAAUACCAUCGAUGUGGCAAUGGAUGACGAGACGAACCACGAACGAAGUGCCCCUCAAUCCUCGCAGGAGGGAAAUGGAAGCUCCUCUCCCCCUAGAAAAAGGGUGACAACGAGAUCCAACUCAAAAAAAAAAUUAUUUGAAAAAUCGGCCACAUAAAGCUUGUGCGCAAAUAGGCCUGAAUAAAAAAUAUCUUUUAAAUAAAAAAAAGUCUCUCUCUCUCCUACGUAUAAAUACUCUAAAUUCCUACAA